AUGCCUCGUGGUCAGAAGAGUAAGCUCCGUGCUCGUGAGAAACGCUGCCUUAACAGAGGCGAGACCCAGGGUCUUAAUAGUGCUCUGGCCAGUACAGCAGAGGAAGACGAGACCAUUCCUUCCUCCUCUCCUGUUCAUGGGGGUGCUUCCUCAAGCUCCCCUAUUUCUGGCACUUCUCAGGAGCCUCAAAAAGCCCCAGCCACCACCAAAGCACAUGUUUCACGGCGAAGAUCUAAAUCAGGUGCCAAGAGCCAGGUUCAGGAAAGUGAAAAUUCCUCCCUGGCCUCAACUUCCACUGAGGAAGCUCAAAAAGCUCCUCUAGACUGGAGGGUGGAGAUGUUGGUACAAUUCAUGCUGUAUAAGUUUAAAUUGAAGGAGCCCAUUAAAAAGAUAGACAUGAUGAAGGUCGUCCACAAAAGGAACAGGGAGCAGUUUGCUGAGCUCCUCAAGAAAGCCUCUGAGCACACGGAGCUGGUCUUUGGCCUCGAAUUAAAGGAAAUCAAGCCUGGCAGUAACUCCUAUAACCUUGUCAACAACUUUGACUUCACUGAUCAUGGAACUCUGACCAAUCUAUGGGGCUUUCCUAAGAGUGGGAUUCUCAUGCCUCUCCUGGGUGUCAUCUUCUUGAAUGGCAAAUGCACCCCUGAGGAGCAUAUCUGGGAAUUCCUGAAUAUUUUGGGCAUCUAUGAUGGAAAGAGCCACUUGAUCUUCGGGGAACCAAGGAAGCUCAUCACCCAGGAUUUGGUGCGAGAAAAGUACCUGGAGUACCGCCAGGUGCCCGGCAGCGAUCCUCCACGCUAUGAGUUCCUGUGGGGCCCCAAAGCCCAUGCUGAAAUCAGCAAAAUGAAAGUCCUGGAGUUUUUGGCCAAGAUCUACAAUACCACCCCCAGUGCUUUCCCGCCCCAAUAUGAAGAGGCUCUGCGAGAAGAGGAAGAGAGAGCCCAAGCCACAGCUGCAACCAAGGAGACCUCUAAUGCCAAGGCCACUGUACAUUCACAGGCCACAUCUGGCCGCUAGUCCUCCCUAGAGAGGGCUGAGACAGAUUCUUAGCUUUGUUGUAAGAAGACCUGUUAAGUAGUGUUUCUCAUAGGCGCAGAUAACUUGUUUAUUAUCUUUCUUUUUAAAUAUAUUUUUCAGGCACUGUUCCUUUCAAUAGAAAGUUUAUUUAGAUUCAGAAUAUAAGUUUAUGAAUGACACAGAUAACACAUUUAUUUCUGUUUUUCAGGUUUAGGAGUAAGAGGUUUUGUUGUUGUUGUUGUUUUUGCAAAACAGUGGGAGAUCCUUAAAUCACUUUUGUGAUCCAGAGCAAGAUAACCUGGCUUUAAGAUAGGAAUAUCCUUGGAAACAAAGAAUUCCACACUAAAGUAGUUGGAAUGAGAAGAUAGAUACAUACAUACAUACAUACACAUAUAUCUAGACACAUACCUAGAUACAUAGAUACAGAAGUAGAUGAAUAGAUACAUAGGUACAUAGAUACGUAGUUUAUACAUAUACAUAGAUAGGUACAUAGAUAUAGUAAUAAUUUGUUAAUUCUUGGUUUGCCUUACUCUAGUUAGUCUUUUUCUAAAUUUAAGACAUAUACCUGUAUUUGUUUAUCAAGAAUGUUCGAUAAUAUAUAAUCAUAAUGAAUCAAA